ACUGACGUUCUGAUCGUGUAGACUUGACAUCCACGGUGGGUCCGGACUUCAGCCUCAUGAACCUCAGGCAUUGUAAAAAUGUGUAUUGCACUGGUCCUCUGCCAAUAUCCACAAAAAAAGUCACUAUGCAAUUUACCUAAUGCGUGAUAUCGACCCGCGCAGAUGUUAGGAGGAUCACUUAACACACAAAGAGACAGAACCACAGGAGUGUGAAGUGUAGUGUUGACUGACGUGCGACCAUCCGUGCAGUGGAAGAGUCUCCAAAUCGGGUUAAUCUAGCGUCAGGAUGUUCGGGACAGGUGCCCCCCAGAGGUUCAUCAGCGGGGUGGUGGAAGGCUUCUAUGGGCGACCAUGGACUAUGGAGCAAAGAACACAACUUUUCAAAAGGGAGCAGACCUGGGGGUUGAACACCUACCUGUACGCCCCCAAGGACGACUACAAACACCGCAUGUACUGGAGGGACCUGUACUCUGCUGAGGAAGGAGAGCAACUGAAGGCGUUGAUCUCCGCCGCCCAUCAGCACGAUGUGGAGUUCAUCUACGCCCUCUCCCCCGGCCUGGACAUCACCUUCUCCAACCCCAAGGAGGUCUCCGCCCUGCAGAGGAAGCUGGACCAGGUUCAGGGCUUUGGCUGCAGGUCCUUCUCGCUGCUGUUCGACGACAUCGAGGCGGAGAUGUGUCCGGCGGACCGCGAGGCCUUCAGCUCCUUCGCCCACGCCCAGGUGGCCGUCACCAACCAGGUGUACCUGCACCUGGGGCAGCCCCACACCUUCCUCUUCUGCCCCACAGAUUACUGCGCUGCGUUCUGCACCCCCAGCGUCUCCCAGUCCGCCUACCUGCUCACCGUGGGGGGGGGGCUGCUGCCCGGCAUCGACGUGCUCUGGACCGGUCCCAAAGUCGUGUCCCACGUCAUCUCCGUGGAGUCCAUCGAUGAGGUGACCUCCGUCCUGAAGAGGGCGCCGGUCAUCUGGGACAACAUCCACGCCAACGACUACGACCCCCAGAGGCUGUUCCUGGGGCCCUUUAAGGACCGUCCAUCUGCGCUGAUUCCAAAGCUAAGGGGGGUCCUCACUAAUCCCAACUGUGAGUUCCACCCCAACUUUGUGGCCAUCCACACGCUGGCCACCUGGUGUCGGAGCGUGCCGAGCGCCGGGGACACGGGUGAGGAGGAUCAGAGCUACAGUCCCCAGAAGGCCCUCAGCCUGGCCCUGACCGACUGGCUGCAGGUGUUCCUGAACCCCGACCAACCAGGAGGUCCUCAGAAGAAGGGCUCUCCGGACGAGGAGGCCAUGCAGACGGACGUGGGCGUCUAUGUCCCGGGGCCGGGGGACCACCCCCUGUACACCGCGGAGCCCCUGACCCUGGCUGACCUCAACCUGCUGUCAGAGCUCUUCUACCUGCCCUACGAGUACGGCCCAAGGGCCAGGAGCAUGCUGCAGCAGCUGGACUGGCUGAGGGCCCACAGCACGGCCGCCGCCGCCGACAACGACCAGAGCGCCGAGUGGCACUCCCAGGCGCAGGCCUUUGACCAGAUGUGCGAGGCGGUGGUGCAGAUGUUCACCCGCCUGUCCAACGCGCCCAACCGCCGCAUCCUCUACGACCUCUACGACUACAUCUGUGACAUCAAGAGCGGAGUGGGCCUGGCCCGCGCCCACAUCAAGACGCUAGGGGGGCGUGGGGCCCGUCCCUCUGCCCAGGUCCUGAACCUCGACCCGGAGCCCUGGGGGUUCCGUGGCGGGCUCUCUGGAGAGAUCCAGAGGAUGCUCCCCUGCCACGGGAACCGGGACCUCUUCAGAACCCCCCCGAGGACGGCGGUGUACACAGUCCGGCCGCUGCGCCCGGACGACACGGUCACGGUCCAGCGGAUCUUCAAGGAGAUGCAACGAGAGGAAGGGGGAGGGGCCACGACACUUCAACCCCAGAUGAGUGAUGGCCUGUUCUCCGGCGGGCCCCUGGCCUCCGGCCCGUGCGCGCUGGUUCUGGAGGACGAGGAGGGGCUGUGUGGCUACGCCCUGGGACUCCCUGACGCCAGCCACGCCCCGCCCAACACCCAGAGGGCGCUGUGGGAUUCCCUCUCCGCGGUUUACCCGUCACUGAUCACCAUGCAGCUGCUGCCCAGGGUCACUGACCCCGCCCCUGCCACGCGUAUGAUUGGUUGCCUGCUCUCGUCCAUCAAAAGCUGUGGGUCCAGAGGGGCGUUCUGCGAGCUGAGACCCAACGACCGCAGGAUGCUCGACUUCUACACCAAACUGGGCUCCUUCAAGACCCUCCCAUUGGCUGGAGCCCCGCAGGAAGUGAUCGCACUGGGGACGGCCCUGUGAACCAGUGGCUAGCGCUCAGGGUUUAGAGCAGUGGUUCCCAAAUGGGGGUCUGCGUACCCCUAGGGGUACUGCAGGGGUACUGCAGGGGGUACUCAGAAUUAUUAUAUAUAUUUUUUUUAAAGUCGUCAGUUUCAGGAAGAAGAUAUUUGAAUGGGAUUCACCUGGACAUGCUCUGGCCCUCCCCUGGCGUUGUGCCUCUUUUGUGGGGAGGGAUAAGCAGAUGUAUGGAUCGCAGGCCCAUGUUCCUCACUUAAUUGUGAGUAUUUGCAGCCCUUUAAUGUUCAUGUUUACACAGCCAAAUAGGAUGCUCUAUGUUCAUUUUAUUUUCUCUCAAAUGUUUCGUGCCGGGGAAGGGGGUGCUCAGCUGAAAAAGUAUCUUAGAGGGGGUACACUAGUAGAGAUGGUUUGAGUACCACUGGGUCAGAUGAUGGCAGUGGGGACUGCCCUGUGAACCAGUGUCUAGCUCUCAGGGGUUAGAUGAUAGCACUGAGUCUAGCGCUCAGGGUUAGAUGAUUUAGAUGAUGAUGAUCUAAACACUAAGCUGGUAAACACAUCAGCGAUGAUCUGACUGAGUGGUGAAAAGGAAUCAGGAAUCACUGCAGUCAAAGUGUUUGAGUCUGGGAUUAUUGUUGGAUGAAUAAAAAGCAUUGGCUUGUA